GCAAGACCCAAAUGGGUAGCUCAGUUCAAUGCCUUUUCCAAGAGUUUUUUCCAGUGUAUUCCAACAUAAGCAAAGAACUACCUUGAAAUCCUCUCACAGGCAAAGCUUUUGGAUUUUGGGGAUGAAUCCUCCUCAAGAACUCCCAAAUCACCCCAAGUCACCAGGAAGAUCCAUGAGGGGACUCAGAGCCUCCUCCUGAUGGGAGAAGGGGGUGCGGGGUGGGAAUUUAAUCCUCUGGGUAGUGUCUGAAAGGUGAUGCCGGCACAUUCCUGCAGAAUUGAUGAAGGCCUGGAGCCAGCAGGGCCGGGACAGAGACCCAGCGCUGGCUGCAGGGAGGUAAGGAAGGAGCAGAGGGGACUCGAGGCCACAUUUUCCCUUUUUUUGAGUCUUUCUGACCCCUCAACCCCAUGAAUCCCCCCCAUUCUGGCCCUCAGGGACGUCAUUGGGAGCUGCGCGCUGGGGGACACGCGCUGGAGGAUCCCUGGAGGCAGCAAGAGACACCUGAGUGGCACCAGGAGCCACGGGAGCCCCACCUGAGGGGCCUCUGGAGCUGCAGAGGAGCCACCUGAGGGUCCCUGUAUGGAGACCCCCACAGCGCUGCCCGCCCUGGACCUGGACAGAGCCGUGGCCACGGCGUUCGUGGUGCUGCUGGGGCUUUUCCUGCUGGCCAUGACCGUGCGCUGCGCCCGCCUCGUGGUGGAUCCCUACAGCGCCAUCCCCACCUCCACCUGGGAGGAGGAGCCCAUCAACUGACCCCAAACCCCGCCGGGACCCCCAAACCCCACCGGGACCCCCAAACCCCCCAGGGUGCUCCAAGGAGCCCCAGCAGAACCCCCCAAACCUCGCCGG